CGCUGGCAGCAGCUGCAGGACUUGAGGAGGGCGGAAGGCGCGUUUUCACCGGGGAUCCCCUUGUGAGUUUGUUGAUGCCUGUGGAAGGCCUGGACGCUUUGCUCAUCGCCAUCGGCCCAGAUGCCUCUUUCAGCCGUGCCAAUGAGGCUGUCUUUAACUGGCUUCUUUUGGGUUUGAGUGGGCGAGAGGCAAUGAGCUCUGUGAGUGGCAGAUACGAGGUGUGCUUGAGUGAGCGGAACUUGAUUUUCUGCAAAAAGGCGGAUUUCCAGGAUCUCACGUUGCGAAGCGCAAGAUGGGAUGCGACUUCCCUGGUGGCGUCAGAUGAUUCAGACGUGGACUACUACGAAGAUAAGAAGACGCUGGGAGGAGAGGACGGUUGGAGGAUCGGAACCUUCAUCGAGAUGGUGAAGGUUGGGGACUGUCAAAAGUUGGGCGUCUUUGUCGGCCAGAACGAACUCUCUCAGGACCUAAAGAUGACUGUUGAGAAGUGGCCUGUGGUACAAGCCUUCGGUUAUGAUGAGUUCGGGAUGGGUUUUAUGACCCUGAACCGUCAGCUGGUGAAUUUGGAACCCAAACUCGCUGAGAUUUUCAGCUUUUGGGUCCAUUGGGAUCCUCCUAAGGUCUUGGGCGAAGCAGACCAUGCCAAAGCUGCAAAAGGCUUGGGCAUAUCCGCCAGUCAAAGGGACGACAGCUGUGCCGAGGAUGCUGUGCUCUUCCAUGAUCAACACAGCAGAGAGGAAGCCUUGGCUGCUGCGCCCAUCGUGGAUUACUUCAUCUACGGACGCCUCGAUGAUGAGGUGAACUGCGGGAUCAGUCCAUGCCCAAGGCUGCUGGUGGGGAAGCAGACACAACAGUACUUCACGAAAUCACGUGUGAUUUUGAUCAGUUGUCACCAAGCGAUGCCACUACUUGCACAUGCAAAAGCAAGGUUGGCUAAGGCUCAGGCAAAGAAGAAGGCGUCACAAGUUCCUGGGUCAGAUGACGACCAAGAUGACCAGGACUUCCGGGUGAGCAUGAAGAAGACACAAGUAACCACCUUCGAAGAGGCAUUGACCAACCAUGAUAUCACCCGUGCAAACCGCUUUCACAAGCAGCUUCAGUCUGCAGGACCUUCUGCUGGUUACCGACUUCAGAGUGGCACAGCAGGCACCAUGGUAGGAGUUGCUCGAGCAAAUUCGCUCUCCAAUGCUGCACCAGGGUACAAUCCUGAGUUCCUUAUCCCAUACAUCCAAGGGGACUCUGUGGAGUCAAUGCACAUACGUCUUGGGCUCACUGUGCUUUGGCAAACAUACCGGUUCUUCUUCCAACCACUCCUCCAACUCGACACUGGUGACAUGGUCCCUUCACUUGGGUACGCAAACACGAUCUCACUAGCCAUGGCAGGAAUGGCUGCGGCAUCAGGCAUGGAUCUCGAAAGCAUGAAUAGAUGUCUUGAUCUGCUUCCUGGGAACUAUACGGUGUACACAGUGGAUCAGCGCUGGGCUGCUGGGAUUGCAGCUGCCAUGGACACUCCUGGGCACAUCGCUACUGCUCUUUUGAGUUUGUUUCGCCCACGUCACGCUUCAAGGCUCUUUGAUGGGACCGCAACGGCACCACUCUUAACUGCCCGCCCUACUGCGCAUUACCUGUCAGCUGCACCAUUCUUUGAACGACUCCCGCAAGAGUCAAUAGACUCUGUCAUGGCUAUGUUUGAAAAGGUCUUGUACCGCGAGGUAACUACUGACCAAGUUGCCCAGGUCUUCGCAUGCAGUGUGCUUCAGCUGGUAAAGCCGGUGAACAUGUCUGCACACGAUGCCUAUCAUAAAGCUCGUGAAAGGGCGGCAUGCCUUAAGUUGAGAUGCCCUCAGCUUGGCUCUGAGAUGGCCAAUGAGCCGUCGGAGUCGUUGAAUGACUAUCUGAACCCAGCUGCGGCAGUGAGCAAGGAGUUGUACGAGACAUUCAACCGAGAUGCUGCAUCAAGAGCCCCAUUGAUCAACUGGGCUGAUCUGCUACAGCACAGCCCAGUGGCAGCACUCAGGGUGGCAUGUCAACAGCUGAUCCCUCUUCUUGCCUACAACAGCUCAAGCUGGUUUGUGAUAACAGAUCUUGUCUUGUCGAUGUUUCCUCUCAUCGAGGGAAUUCGGCAGCUCGAGCCAUGUAUGAUCUACUGGCGAUCUAUCAAAGCCUUUGCAGCUAAGUACAAGAAGAAUCCAAGAGAGUUGGCAUUGGCGCGUGUCAAAGGAGUCGAUGGUGCUCAGGUGUUUAGCAGGAAUGGUAUAGAGCCCCUCAUCGCCCUUAGCGCGAGGAUUGGGGCAAAAGUGGCUCGACCAUCUUGGGAACGUGUGGAAACAUCAAAGAAAGACCUCCUGGUGGACGAGCAGCUCGUUGAGUCAAUUGUCAGCGAGUGCGUGGAGCAGUUGGAUGAGAACAAGCGUGUCCUUUUGAAGAGCAUUGGGACUGAUGAGGAUGAAGACGAUGACUACGAGGCAGUGGAUCCAAUGACAGGUGUGGCCAUGACAAGAACCUAUGGCCUUAUGACACCGUUUGAUACAAAGAUGAAGGUGUGGCACGGGCCGGAACGGCUGGAAGGGAUGGAAUAUGUUCCAGACAUUUUCGAUUGUGGCAUUGAUGCCUUUGGUGCUCCGGUCUCCACAGGCAGUGGAUUGCGUUUCCUUCGCAUCAGCUGCCGCUUGGACGACAACAGCUACGUGGCCUAUGGUGACAGCACCUUUGGAAAGACAUUACUUGGAGAGACGCUGCCGUCCUUCGCAUUUUGGCACGCGCAGACUGAGAAGGCCAGAUCCUUGGACAUCCAAAAUGGUCUGGAGACAGCCCUGGGCCUCAAACUCGACUGGGGCCGCUCUGUAGCUUUAGGACACCGCAAAGAUGUGCGUGUUUAUCUAGAUCCACCUGAGCAGCCACCAGAUCCACUGGACUUGGGUGAGGAGAUGGAGCCAAUCGACGUGGAGAUCCAUUGCGACCUGGCUGUAGCUGUCGUAACUGCAAGCAGCGGCGGUGUGGUUCCUGUUGGGCUGGCUGCGGGCACUGCGUGGACCUAUGCUUCAGGAUAUGUGCUCUUGACACUUCAGCGAGAGUCCCUACAGUCCACAGCAGCUGCAUCCAAGGGUCAACUCUGGGUUUCAAUGGAUCUCAGUGGAUCCACUGAGCACCUCGAGCUGCAAAAAAUUGCGGCCUUGAGCCGCGGAUUUUUCGGCAGGCCGUGGCUGAAGGUCGCGAUCAGUGUCAGUCCCAGCACCUUAUCCACUUGGCGGAACCAGCUAGCACCCCCUGUGCAUGUGGGUGUCUCCACAGGCUCAACAGUUGUUGCCUCGGCACCAGCACCUACGGCACCAGCACCUACGGCACCAGCACCGCAGACACAGAAGCAGCUGCUGGUGACGGGUUUACCCGGCUGCGGCGCCAUCGAUGUAGCAAAGGCGCUGGCGCGAUUGCUUCAUGCGCCCUUUUUUGACCUCGAAGAUGGCACCACAACGGACUCCAAGAUGGAUCAGUCACAAUUGCUCCGUCUUCAGCAAACGCAGGGAGAAGAGGACGACGAGGACGACAAGGACGACAAGGAUGACAAGGAGGACGAGGAGGACGAGGAGUGGCUGGUACUUUGUGAUGUACUGCGAGAUCCCUUACUGCUGCAGGCUCAGCUGCCGGAGCUGCGCGUGUUAUCCAUCAUGGAGCCGAUGAUCGCAUAUCCCUGGCACAGUGUCCGACAUCCGCUGCUGCGUCGAAACGCACCGCCGGGUGCAGUCGUGGCUGUUGGCCGCACCGGACAGAAGGAGACGCAGGUGCUCCUGCGACCUUUGACAAGUGACCUCUUAAGCGCUGUGACUGCGAGCCCUCACGGCAUCAGAGCGGCUUCAGGUGGUGAUAGCAUCAGUGUGAAUGCAGUCAUCGGAGCCUUUGAGAAAGGUCAUCAGUGGCAAAUGGCCAUGUGCGCCACGGGGCUUGGUCAGCCUGACAUUUUCAGGUGUUGCGCGUUGAUCACUGCAUGUAGGAGGGGCAUGCAGUGGGAGGGCGCUCUUCAUGAGUUCUAUCGCUUCUCAAUCCAUUCGCUGCCGCAUGUACCCAACACAGUGGCAUUCAGCGCUGCCAUCAGCGCGUGUGAGACUUGCGGCCAGUGGUUGCGGGCCAUGCACUUGUUUGAGUUGAUGACAGAUUUGGCUGUUCGACGCGAUCUCAUUUGCUUCAGUGCCAUGAUCAGCGCCUGUGAAAAGGUAGCAGCUUGGCAUUUGGCAUUGCACCUCUUUGAAUCAAUGGUGCAGGAGUCCUUGAGUCCUGAUGUUGUGAUGUUUAAUGCAGUGAUCAGCAGCUUUGAGAAGAGCCAACAGUGGCAACGAGCUUUGGCCUUGCUCCAAGAGAUGCCCAUGAAGAAAGUGAGACCAAGCCAAGUGAGCUUCAACUCUAUCAUCAGCGCCUUUGAGAAAGGGAACCAAUGGCAGCUGGCCCUACAGGUCUUGCACUCAAUGGAGGCCGAUGUUUUCAGUUUCAGCGCAGCCAUCAGCUCCUGCGAAAAAGCUGGAAAGUGGCAACUCGCGUUGCACGUGUUUCACGAAAGCAUGCCUUUGGCACGAGUGCAUCCGAACGAAUUCAGCUUCAAUUCCGCUUUGAGCUCUUGCGAAAAGGGCUCACAAUGGCAGAUAUCCCUGGAAUUUCUACACAUGAUGGCUUUCACAAUGCCGUUGUGUAUGCCACCGGAUAUUUUUAGUUUUUGCGCUGCCAUCAGUUCCUGUGAAAAGGCAGGGGAGUGGCAAAGAGCUUUGCAAAUUUUUGAGGAAAUGCCGGCGGCAAAAGUUUUGCCUAAUCAGAUCUGCUUCAAUGCUCUGAUUGGAGCAUGUGAGAAAGGUGAGGUUCCGCCAUCGCCAGACUCGCCCGUGGCAACGCGGUGCUUCGUGGUCUGUGGGGUUUUGGAUCUGCAGCGAUUGCGGCAGCGGCUGACCAUGUUCUGCAAAACUCCCUUGGCCAAAGACUCGCCUUGGAAGGGCCUAUUUUGCAUUGAGGUGAAGGCACUGGUGGUCGACAGUAGUGAAGAUUUCUGGUCCACCACAGACUUGACGAGCGACGGGACGAAAUUCUUGGUGGAGAAGAAUUUGGUCUUCACUGAAAAAGGCCAAGGAGUUCCUGUCAGAAACAUUGAUAAGUUGAACAUCACUCCGAGUUAUGGCCUAUCGGAGCCUUUGGCUUCCAAGCACGGUGCCUUGUUCUGGUUCUGCGACUGCCGAGCGGCGGCCGCCACAACCGCGGCGUCCGCUGUGGCAGCCGAGAUGGCGCAAUGCACGCUGCAAGAGCCCAAGGAGGAGGCCUUUUGGGCUCCCGAGACGGUGCCUGAAGAGCUCCGAAGAACGUUGGUCAAGGAAUUGCGGAGUCAGGGACCUCCCGAGGGCUACUCCUUUGAUGGCAACCGGUACAUCAACCAGGAAGACUAUCGAAGCCAAAAGGAUCAUCCGUUGCUGGUCGCCUCCAGAUUAAGUCAGCUGGCAGAGGAGCAGAACUCCGCGGAGCAGCACCGCCGUUGCCGAGCACGAGAGAUCUUGGCGCCUGGGUUUGAGCCAUGCGAAAUGGCGUUGCAGGAG